AUGCCGGAUCCUGACUCUGGUCUCAGCCGCGAAGGCAUAAUAGGACUUUGUGUAGGCAUCGCCUCAAUCAUCUUAGCGCUGCUCACCUACCUAUUGAUGUUGAAGAUUCGAAAGGAGAAGAAAGAGAAGAAGAGACUAGAAGAACAAGCCGCUGCUAGACCUGAUCUUUUGACUCAGCCGAUGCAGGGGCAGAUGCAGACACACGAACAAGGUGCAAGGGACGGGGGUUACUCACCAUAUAAUAUCAAUCCACGUCAACGUCAGGAGGAAUACAAUUUGUUGGACCUGUAA